AUGAUUUAUACACUUCAUUCAGAAUGGCAAUUUGUACAAAAACAACUUGAGUUCAAAAAUAUCGAUAAUAAAACAAUAACAUCUGUUGAAACAACUUUCACUAUUACCAACAUGGAUAUUCCAUCGGCCUCAAUCAUAUUUAAUCAACAAGAUAGAAGUAGACAACAUACGAUCUUUUUACGUAAUGAAUCAACAUUCUUGGGAAUAUUUGCUACAUGGCAACAUCCAUUUGGUCUUUAUUCCAUUACAUCGAAUAAUCAAACAGUGACAAGUUCAUACAAUGUCGGCAUUGAAACAUCCUAUUUGAGUGAAGGUUUUCUCAUCGGUUUCUAUCAGCUAUCUCCCUAUUGGCAUACAAAUCAUAUCAACUAUGCUGAUAGACAAGCUUAUGUCAAUGCAACAUCGUUCUUUUUCACUGUAUCACCACAUAAUCAAUCACUCAAACAUGUUGUCGGAUGGGAUAAUAACGAUUACCAAAUCGAUCUAUCGACUGAACACGGUAUUGAAGAGUAUAAACGUUUGAUCAAUCGAUGUGCACAGUUGGGUAUAACAAGUAUUACUUUUGCACCAUCGAACUCCAAUGUGUCACGACGUGACCAGGGCACUGACGAUUGGGGAUGGGAGAGUGUGUUGUGGAUGAGUUUAGGUGAAAAAAUUCGAUUACAACAAUGGAAACCUUAUCGUGAUCCAAUACCAUCAACAAUUCAAUAUCUAUUAGAUUAUGCGGCAAUGAAACAAGUCAAAUUAGUACCAUAUGUUUAUCCACCCUUAGGUUACCGACUGCAAGGACAAGAUCAAGCAUGGUUAGUUGAAAACCCACAUUGUCGAAAUCUGUGUGCAUCUUUGGCCAGUAUAGAAUUUCAACGUUACUUUUUGCAAUUAUUAAUUGAUUUUGUGCAGGUUACAGAUAUCGGUGGCUAUGCUUGGGAUUAUAAUUAUUUCUUCGAUACAAAUCAUACAGCAUAUUCACAAUGGCGUGGUUGGCAAUGGGUACGUACUCAACUACUUUUAGCUUUACCUCAUUUAAUCAUGGAUCAUCGUUAUGGAUCUCAAUAUGAUGGUCCAUGGUCUUGGGUGACUUUGAAUGGUUAUACAUCACCUCUACUCGCCGAUGAAAAUCCAGAAACAUAUCCGAUUCUUUAUCCCUCUUUACAUACUGAUAAAAUUGCAACAAAUUUCAUGCUUCCAGGCAAUCGUGAAUUACGGUUAGAACAUUUUGGAUCGAUGGAAAAUAUUCCGGGUUUCAUCGGGCAUCAAUCGGAACGUUUUUCAGCGGAUGGCAGGUUACCAUGGCAAGAUCACGAUAUAAGAGAUUUCGAUCUAAUGGGUUUUCCCUAUUCAUUACUAGCAAAUGUAGCUUCAGCUGGAUUAAACCUCAUUCAUAACAUGAUAGCAGCAAGAGAUCUUCAAGAAUACUAUCUAUUACCAGAACGAACGUUACAAUUCUGGACAUAUUGGAUACAAUGGACUGAUAAACAUAUAGAAGAAAUACGAAAUUCUAUUCCAUUCUUGACCGAACAUAAUUGGUCAUUGAUGAAAUUAAAUGGCAUCAAUGGUUUUCUUUUCUUAUUCAAUCCAAAUUAUGUUCAAGAACAUCGAAUGAUUCGACUCGAUGGUCAAUUGCAUAUUAAAUCACCAACUCAACGAGGCUAUUGGUUAUUAAGUGAAAUAUAUCCGGAACAAAAAUAUCUACAACUGAUUGAAUAUAAUCAAACACUUGAUUUUCUAUUGGAUGGUCAAAGUGCUACCGUACUUGAAUUGAGUUUUAUCUCAACUGUCUCCAAACCAAUUCUGGUUGGAGUUAGUGGAACAGCAUUUAUCGCGAACAAAAACAUUUUGAUGAUCAAUGGAGUCUAUGGUGAAGCCGGUACGCAAACAAUCUAUCCCAUUUUUGUCAUUAUGCCAGAAGAACAAGUGAUUGAAAGUGUUAUAUUGAAUGGAAACGAGAAACGUUUCCAACAAGUAAAAGAGUUUAUCAUCUUGAUCGAUGUUCUAUCAUUUCCUGGUCAAUACUUACCUCGUUCAGCACAAAUCAUGAAUAAUUCAAUCAUUGUCAGUGAUUUAUUAUUACAACAAUUUAUUGAACGUCAACAAGAGUAUCCGAUUGUUUGGACCGAUGAUGAAUUGAAUGAAGUAGCAUGGUUAGGACCACAUCGUUUAUUACUCUUCAUAUGUAUUGUCAAUCCAGAUGACCGAUGGAAUGUCACAGCUCAAAUCAACAAUGUCACUGUAAUAGUACAUAAAGGAUAUAAUACUCGUGAUACUCAUAAUAGAGAUCGAUUUAUGGGUUUUUAUCUUGAUCUAACAAACAUUGUGCAAAAACCGAAUAUCGAAUAUACUUUAUCAUUAGAAAUGCCAACAUUGGAUCCAGGACUAUUUCAAGGACUAUUUCUGGAGAAUAUAGAACGCAUCUUGGUUGAAGCAUAA